UACAGAAUUUGAUUCUUAUAUUGUACUCUAUCUAUUCAAGGGCACCACAAUCUUGGAGUAUCUAAAACAGAGUUUGUUUCAAUCUUCUUCCAUUUAUUAAUUCCCGUCACAUUAUUGCUUCUCUGAUCCUAACAACUUGAUGCUAUCCAAUGGAGUUGUGUCAAUAUCCUUCAUUUAAAAAUUCAAAGUUCUUGAAGCUGAAGAGAUUAGUUAUGAGACAGUGACUUUGCUCUCUCUCACACUAUUAAAAGCGAAUCUACUUUUGCUUUUCUUUUUUUUUCUUUUCUUGACCAAGCUUCUGUGAGCUGUAACUUAGCUAAAUCCAUUACUUAAUACCACUUUAUGCUCUGAAAGUCCUCAGCUUUCUUUGUCUAUGAUAAGUCUAUUCUUCUCUUUAAAUUAUUUUCUUCUCUUGACUUGAGUAGGAGUAAGCAUUGUAUCCUAGGCCUCUCUUUCCUUAAAGAACCUGUGACUUGCUUCUGCUAACAUUAGAUUUGAUGCUCUCUUGAUUUUUGUUUCUCUUUCCCCACUGUAUAAAAUCUACAAAACUGGUUUUUAAGUUUCCUUGUCAAGAAGUCUUUACAAAGUAGCAAACCUGAGUUUAAAGUUUCUUCCUGAGAGUUGAAAUGGGUGGAGAGAGUAAUGAAGGUGAAAUGGGGUUAAACCAUGGACAUGAUCCCUCAAGAGUUGGAAGUACUACAUCAAUGCCCUUGUAUGCAAAGGCAGAUCCAUUCUUCUCUUCUGCAGAUUGGGAUCCAGUUGUUAAUGUUGGUGGCUUCUCCAGCUCCCAUUACUCUUCAGUGGUGAUGGACAAUCCAGGGAUGAGUUGCUUCACUCAUUACCAACCUGGUUCUGGUUAUCCGGACAUGCCUACAAGUCUUCUUCCUUUUGUUGAUUGUGGAGAUGGUGGUGGUGGUCAUUUUCUUGGUUCAGACAAAAAUGGGGAUAGUGUUGGAAGGUUGAUCAGAGCUGGAGAGUCUCAUGAUCAGGUUUCAGAUGAUGGUGUUCUUGGUGUUUCCCCAAACAGAAAAAGAAGGCAAGCUGAAGCUGAAUCACAACGGAACAAGAAAGCUGUGGAGGAAUAUCGAGAAGACCCUCAAAGGGGAAGUGAUCAGAGCCAGACAAAACACAAAGAUGGUCAGAGUAAAGAGACAAUGAACAAGGAGAGCUCACAGAGUGAAGAAGCACCUAAAGAAAACUAUAUUCAUAUGAGGGCAAGAAGAGGUCAAGCUACUAAUAGUCACAGUCUUGCAGAAAGGGUUAGAAGAGAAAAGAUCAGUGAAAGGAUGAGACUGCUUCAAGAGCUUGUCCCUGGAUGCAACAAGAUCACUGGUAAAGCGGUUAUGCUUGAUGAGAUCAUCAACUAUGUUCAGUCACUGCAACAACAAGUUGAGUUUUUGUCUAUGAAACUGGCAACGGUGAAUCCAGAAAUCAACAUUGACAUAGAUAGGAUUAUCGCCAAAGAUCUUCUGCAAUCUAGAGACAGAAACACUCCUACGCUUGGGCUGAAUCCUUUCACCGGGUUUCAAGGGACGAUACCGAACAUUUCUACCACCACAAAUCCACAAUACAACUCAUUACCUCAGACAGCACUAGAGAGUGAACUACAAAGCCUCUACCAAAUGGGUUUCGUCUCAAACCCAUCGACUAUGUCUAGUUUCUCACCUAAUAACGGUCGAUUGAAACCAGAGCUCUAGUACUUCAAGGAAAAUUUGCAGAGAGUUUGUAUAGAAGAUGGCUUUGUUCCUAAGUAUGAUAUUGUUUUCCCAUCAUUCCAUGUUAUUAUUUUUCUUAUAAACCAGAACGAUUCGAGUUCUCAGUUGUUGUGUUUUUUUCCCUCAACGAAGAAUGCAUUUAUAAAAUAUGGAAUCAGAAUA